GCCCAACUGGCUGCCAACGCGACUUUUUCACAGAGCAAAGAGAACAUUUCUACCCAAUGAGGAUGGUUGGGGGCGGGGCGUUACCAUGGCAAUUAGCCGUUCGGUUGGUCUUACUAGGAAGAGGCUGACCAGUGUAAAGUGCAUGACAUCUGUAAACAGACUCCAGUCUUUUCGAAUUGUCUCCAGGGUUGGAUGAAUUAUAGCCAACGUUAAAAAAAAUAAUAACUGAAAAGGUGUACACUGUCAAAAUGUUGUGGAGUAAUGCCUUCUGCCAAUACACUGUGCUCCUCCUGAGCCGGUGGUUCUGUGUGGAAGCAGUGCCCAUCGUUGUGGACAAGACUGAAGUGGAAACCCCAGAGGAGAAACUGGAGGCACCACAAAGUGUAGACACCGGGCUUCACUAUGACCGCUACCUCAGGGAAGUCAUUGAUUUCCUGGAGAAGGACCAGCAUUUCAGAGAGAAGCUCCACAAUACAGACAUGGAGGACAUUAAGCAAGGCAAGCUGGCCAAAGAGCUGGACUUUGUCGGCCAUCAAGUGAGGACCAAACUGGACGAGCUGAAGAGGCAGGAGGUGAACAGACUAAGGACGCUCAUCAAAGCCAAACAAGACGCUGAGGGAGGGCAUGAAAUGAACCACAAGGCGCUGCUCAAGCAGUUUGAGUACAUGAACCACAUGAACCCACACACCUUUGAAGUGGAGGACCUGGAUAAGCUUAUUCAAUCGGCUACUAAUGACUUGGAGAACUAUGACCAGAAGCGUCACGAGGAGUUUAAGAGGUACGAGAUGAUGAAGGAGCACGAGAGGAAGGAGCACUUGAAGAACCUCGACGAGGAGCAUCGCAAAGACGAGGAGCAGCACUAUGAAGAGCUGAGGAAGAAACACGCAGACCAUCCUAAAGUCAACCACCCUGGCAGUCAGGACCAGCUGAAAGAGGUCUGGAAGGAGUCAGAUGGUUUGGACCCAAAUGACUUUGACCCCAAGACCUUCUUCAAACUCCAUGACACCAAUGGAGACAGCUACAUCGAUGAGCAGGAGCUUGAAGCCCUGUUCACUAAAGAGCUGGAGAAGAUGUACAGACCCAAUCUAGAUGAGGAUGACAUGACAGAGAUGGAGGAGGAGAGACUGCGCAUGAGGGAACAUGUCAUGAAUGAGGUAGACACCAACAAGGACAGACUGGUCUCCCUGGAGGAGUUCCUGAUGUCCACAAACAAGAAAGAGUUCUUAGAGCCAGACAGCUGGGAGACUCUGGAGCAGGCUCCUGCGUACACUGACGAGGAGAUGAAGUUGUUUGAGGAGCAGCUGGCCCAGGAGGAGAGCAACCUCAACCAGAAGAACUCAGAUCUGCAGAAACAGAAGGAGGAGCUGGAGAGGCAGCAGGAGAAGCUCAAUGCCCAGAAAGCUGAGCUGCAGCAGGCUGUGGAACACAUGCAGAUAAUAAAAUCGGAAAAAGCAAACGCCGGCAUUGAGGUUAAAGAUGGCGGCGCUACAGUAGCAGUGCCCCCUGGAGGUCAAGCAUUGCCAGUACUACCAGGAGACAGCCUACCUCUACCCCCUGGUCACCAGCAACACUUACCUGCACGCUCUUAGCAGGCCCGGAAGCUUUUUCUGUGUGUUUGCGUGUGUGUGUGUGUAUAUAUAUCUCUCCCAGUGAAUCAGUUUUAGUCUGUUUUAAUGUGUUGUCAGACCUCCGGAUUUCCCAACACACACCCGAAUGAACACAUACAGUCCAACAAUUUCCAGACACUAGCUGAUCCAAAUAGAAUGUAGCCUUUUGAUUUUGACCCACUUCUAGUUAUGGCAUUAUGUAGCUGACAGGAGCACCCAGCACAACCGACAAGACUUGAAAGAAUCUGAACCAGACAUUCUGUGGACAAUCCACUCUUCGUUAUUAGUUCAUUAUAACCUAUUGACAACCACGGCACAGUUCUAGAUGGGAUGUGCUUUGGGAGAAGUGGGAAGAGAUUUUGUUCCUGAAUAUUAGCAGAAUGUGUGCAGUAUUUCAUUUUCUACCUAGUUAGGUAGGCUACCCGGUGGCAUUGCUUCUUUGGAGAAACAUGUUUAAAAUACAUUUGAUUGAAUAGUUUACAGAGGUGGGAAAAUAAAGGUCAAAUUAAUGCCUAUUUUGACAUGCUGUUUGAUAGUAUGUCAACCUCAAGAAGUUCAAAUUUACCUUGAUAAUAAAUAGCCUUGCCGAUUCAUUCCUGACAUUAAUAAUUGCCCAUACACAGAAACUCCUAUUGGCUUCACAUCAAUGGCAAUGAAGGCAUAAAUAGUUAUUUUCAGUAUUACAUUCAUUUUAACUGGAUUUUGUUAAUUAAGAAACUAUUAUGGUACUGUAAUUCAAUAUUGGCCACCUUUUUUUUUUACCUGCCAUAAACUGCCAUUCUUCCUCUUUGAACAAAAACACCCUGUUGAUGUGGACUGUGAAUGUUAUUUAUUCCAUUGUGGUUGAUAAGUAUUGGUAUUUCAUUUAUCUUAGUGGUGACUGUCUGUUUACUGUAUUUGUGUGUGAGUGCUUGUCUUUGUGUGAGAGUAAGUAUGAGGAUCACAGAUUAGGAACAAAAUCCAUGGAUUUGUGGGGUAAUACCAUGGAUAUUCAACAUUAAUACCACAGAUCUAUACUUAAUACCAUGGGUAUUCUACUAUACUUAAUACCAGUGGUGUAAAGUACUUAAGUUUAAAUACUUUAAAGUACUACUUUAGUAGUUUUUUUUUUAUAUCUUUACUCUACUUUUUUUUUUUUUUUUUUACAACUGUUACUUCACUACAUUCCUAAAGAAAAUAAUGUACUUUUUACUCUAUACGUUUUCCUGACACCCAAAAGUACUCAUUACAUUUUGAAUGCUUAGCAGGACAGGAACAUGAUCCAAUUCACAGACUUAUCAAGAGAACAUCCCUGGUCAUCCCUACUGCCUGAUCUGGCGGACUCACUAAACACAAAUGCUUCAUUUGUAAAUUGUGUCUGAGUGUUGGCGCGGAUAUCCAUAAAUUAAAAUAAAAAAAAAAGUAAAACGU